CACAUGACAUUGGACGAAGGGCAGAUAGGAAGUGUGACAGUUGACUGUUUUCAAGGAGGUGGUGGACUUUCUUUUGUAUUGAUAAUUGAUGUUGACGUGCCCGCUUCAACCUCGUUAUUCCCGUCUCCGUGACGAGCACCGUCACUGUAGUUAGCUUAGUAUAUUCGGUCAGCUGUGAGGAGGAGGUCACCACCAGCACCACCAUGGGGUUCCUCCUGUCCAAGUCCAUGGAUGCAAACUUCAAGAAGCAGCAGGAGUUCAUGCUGCACAACGCCCGGCUGCAGAUGGAGCGUCAGAUCCUGAUGCAGAACCAGAUGAGGGAGAGACAGUUGGCGAUGCAGAUCGCCUGGUCCAGAGAGUUUCUCAAAUACUUUGGCACUUUCUUCGCAGUGACAGCAGUGGGUCUCGCCGCCGGCGCCGUUAAAAAAAGGAAACCGGCCCUGUUGGCUCCCAUCGUUCCUCUCAGCUUCAUAUUUGCCUACCAGAUGGACAGCGCCUACGGGACACUUAUUUAUCGUAUGAGAGGGGAGGCCCAGAGUAUCUUGGCGUCUGAACAGGACCGUCUGGACUUGCCUCACGGGACGCCGACCUUCGAUAGCAUAGAGAAGGCCCGCCGCGCUAAAAGCCACCUCGGCUCCUUCUUGGAGAAGUGACGAGUUGGUUGUUAGAGAGAAAAUCUGAAUCGUCCGGUCAACGCAUUCACCCGUGCUGCUUUUCCAUUAUUCAAAAAAAAAAAAGACAAAACAAUAUCCAAUACUAGAUGCCUUUUUAAAAGUGGUUGAGUCCUUGUUUUACAUUGAUGAGCUGCCAUGAACCUGACGUUUGUUCAAACGUUUGCAUUUGAUUCGUACAGAUUCCAUGGUACACUGAGACUCAUGUCACAGUCUUUCCUCUGCAUGAAGUCAUGUGACCACUCUAAGACCCCAGAACACUAGCACGUAAAUGUUAAUGUUUCCAGGCAAGUAACUGGAACAAUCAAAUUGUGUCGGCAGCUGGAACAGAUCAGACAACCAAAGUAUUCAAAGAGAUAGAGCUUUAAUUUUGAAGAUCGUUCAAAUGGCAGACAUUAGUCCACAUUCUUAUCAAUUCAAACUACAUCACAAUACUUUUUUAUCAUUGAAGUUCAUUUGCCAAGGUUGAAUUUGGCUGCUAAGGAGCCAAGCUUUAGUUUGCACUGGUGCUCCUGUAACUUUUGUCGUUAUUUUCAUGGAGUAUUCAAAUUAUGUAAAUUUAUCGAGGUGCUGAUAUUUAUGCAUUAUGUAUUCAGAAACAUUGUAAAUCGUGUUUGGCAUCAUGGUUACAAUAUUUGUAAAAAAAAAAAAAAAAAAAAUCAGAAAGACAA